AAAUUCAACCACAUUUAAAAGAAAGCAAUGCAAUAAUCAUUUACAACCCCUUCUAACAUUCUCCUCUGCAACGAAAAAAUAGAGGAAGGAGAAACUACCAAAUGGCCACCAAAUCGUCCACUGAAUCCAAAGAAGAAGGCGCCGAUACGUCCAACUCGCCUUUCAUUUGGGCGGCGGAGAAAGCCACCGGAGCUUCAUUGGAGAAACUCUGCAUCGACGAGAUACUGCAGAAGUAUUGCGGCGAGUUCGGGCGAUGGCAACUGAGGCACUUCGUGCUCACCAGUCUGGCGUGGGCCUUGGAAGCCUUCCACACGAUGGUCAUGAUUUUCGCCGAUCGCGAACCAGAGUGGCGGUGCCUCGACGGCGCGGCCGAUUGGGAAUGCGACCCGAGCGCCAAAAGCGUGUGCGGGUUCGAACCGGGUUCGUGGGAGUGGAUGGGGGACUCAACCGUUGUGGAGUGGGGGUUGUUUUGCGCGGGUAAGUUUAAGGUCGGGCUGGUUCAGGCCGUCUUCUUCGGCGGCUGUAUGAUCGGUGCUGGAACAUUCGGUCACCUUUCAGACUCAGUGCUCGGAAGAAAAGGCUCUCUCACAGUGGUUUGUGCCCUAAACACCAUUUUUGGCACCUUGACAGCCUUCUCCCCCAGCUACUCUUUCUACAUCUUCUUUCGCUUCCUCACUGGUUGCAGCACCGGUGGCGUUGGUCUCUGCGCCUUCGUCCUCGCCACCGAGCCAGUGGGUCCCAGUUCCCGCGGCACCACCGGCAUGUGCACCUUUUACUUCUUCUCCUCCGGCAUCGCGAUGUUAUCUGUCAUCGCCUACAUCUUUCCAACGUGGCGAAAACUCUAUAUAGCCUCUUCCAUCCCCUCCCUCCUCUUCCUUCUCUUCAUCCUCCCCUUCAUUUCAGAGUCCCCGAGAUGGUACCUCAUUAGAGGAAGAAAAUCCGAAGCAAUGAAAGUCAUCACUGCCAUGGCUACCACCAACGGUACUCACAUCCCAAAAGGGGUUCGUCUAAUUCUAGACCAUCAAUCACCACAAUUACCACCACCACCACUGUCAUCCUUAUCAUGCAACAGCAUUCAAGAACAGGUAUUAGCAGAGGUCAACUCCUUAAGCGAGUCCCAAAAUCAAGAGAAAUUAGUCUCUGAUUCUAUCCUUCUGGGCUCACCCAAAGGAUCGACAUGCCACGCGGCGGUGGCUGGUUCGCUUGUCGACGUGAUACGCUCGCCAAUGACACGUUCGAGGUUGAUCCUAGCCGUGGUCAUCAAUUUCCUAUGCUCCGUUGUGUACUACGGCUUGAGCCUCAACGUGGUCAACCUUGAAACCAACCUCUACCUUACUGUGAUACUCAACGCCGUGGCGGAGAUGCCGGCUUUCAUGAUAACAGCGAUUUUUCUGGACCGGUGGGGGAGGAAGCCGUUGACCAUAGCGACGUUAUGGUUCAGUGGCGUGUUCUGCUUUGCUGGGAGUUUGGCGAGAAAUGUUGGGGUGUGGAAGGGUGUGAGAAUGAUGUGUGGGAUUUUGGGAAUUUUUGGAAUGGCGGGGACCUAUAAUCUGCUGUUCAUAUACACGGCGGAGCUGUUCCCGACGGUGGUAAGGAACGCUGCGCUCGGGUGCGCCACGCAGGCGGCGCAGAUGGGUGCGAUACUGGCGCCGCUGGUCGUCGUUAUUGGUGGAUCGUUUCCGUUUAUGAUUUUUGCUCUGUGUGGACUUGGUGGUGGAUUUUUCGCAUUUUAUCUGCCGGAAACAUUGAACCAGCCUCUUUAUGAUACGCUAACGGGAAUGGAGGCUACGGAAAACAGCGUUACCUCUUCCAUUGUAUGACGGUGCUUUCAUUUGUGGAUUUUUUUGUGCUACAGUUUUCUCUUUUCAAGGUGUUGUUUAUAACAGUUUUUUGUUUCGGUUGCAAUCUGUGUAUGAGUUUUGUUUUUCAUAUACUUUAUCGAUGUUUU